GAAAAAAAAAAAAAAAAAUCCUAUUAGCACUCUGGCAUGCAUGACAGUGUGAGAGAUCCAUGGCCUUUUAUUUGUUCAGGGGUCGGCCCUCUGAAUGAACCUCACUCUCUCUUCUACCAAGCGGCAUUUUAUCGUAUUCAUGUGACGAGACAUAUUUCAUAUGUUGUUUUCUUGACACUUUGAUUUUAAUUGUUGUCUAGAUAUUUACUGCCUGCUCCGAGUGUAUGAAAAACUGCUUCUCAGAACUCAAAAACAGAACAAGCUGGACGAGAUGUCUGUUCAACUCACUUUAAUUCUGUUACUUUACGUCCGUUAUUGAAACAUGUUGUACAUUUAAUUUUGUUUGACAUUGGUUACUGUAUCUACGUAUAUUUAAGUACUUUGUAUUGACAGUAUGUGAACCGCCCCUUCCCCUCCAUCUUGUUUGUGAUUUUUGUCCUUCACACGCGGCGAUGCUAAACCACAUUUAGUGACCGAGAGCUUUAACGUAUCAUUGCAAGUUUUGUGUUACAAACGAGACCAUUACAUGUGGAUAUCAUACAAAGCACAAGGUGAUGCCUUUUAGACAUAUGCUUGUACCUGUUUUAAAAAAGAAAAACACGAGGAAAAAAAAAAAAGGUUGUCGAUUGUAAGCUUUGUAGAUAAAGUUGAUUCCCCUUUUCGCUCCUAACGUGGAACUUUUUGGUUCUGAUGUCUGAUGAGAGGAUGUUUUGUGUCUGCCUUGUCUCAAAAUAGAUUUAUCCGUCUGAAUGUUUCAUCACACACACACACACACCCUCCUUUGAGAUGCUAAUAUUGCACAAGAUAGAAUAGGAAAUGCUUCAUGUCUGAUCACUUGUACUGGAGUUCAUUCCCAUGCAUAUUUGUGCAGUUGUCUGCUACUUCAAAUAACCUUUGUAGUGUUUGAGACAUACAUUUUGUCCGUUUUUAUUAUUUUUUUCAUUCAGUUUGGGUGCUACAAUCAACACUCCUCACCUACAGGCCACAGAACAAGCAGCAAUGACUGAUAUACUUUAAAACUGUUGGAAACAUACUUGCGAAUUCUUGCUAAACUGCUGGAAGAUUUGCAUAAGAUUAAAGUUGUAUCAGCUCUCGUCUGUCAAAACACAAUCCACAACUGCCUCCACGUCUUUCGUUUGUGUGUUUUAAAUCUCCCUGUGUCAGACCUCUUACUGUAUGUGGGAGGAAUAGCUCCUGUGCACGCCUUUGUGUUCAUUAGCUUUGCUUCCAUUCCUCUCCCCUACACUACAGCUUCAGACAAAGCGAGAGGAAAUAAUAUUUGCUUGGUGCUUACUGAUGACGACAAAUGAUUUAUAAUUAUUUUAAUAAAGAAGUAAACCCCAGCUUCCAUGUUCAUAUUCUGUGCCAUCUACACUGCAUGUUGAGAGUGCCAGGGCAUUAAUAUGCAUCAAAGAUACAGUAGGGGUCUCUUUAAAAAAAAAAGUGCUGUAAUUCAGUUGUGUACAAUAUAAAUACAAGGGAAAACCCUUUAAAAUAAUUUUGACAGUUUACCCCAGUAGGCCACGCCCCAUCCGCUUGUGCUGCAAAUGUAUUGGUCCACGAAUUCACCCCGAGCUCCCAUUGGUCAAUUCCCGUAGGUUUCCCUCAGAACUGCAAGACGCCGAUAUUGCGUUACAUUGUAGCAAAAUGGCGGCUGUCAUUCAGAAUCCACUAAAAGCAUUGGGCGACCAGUUCUACAAGGACGCCAUCGAGCAGUGCCGCAGUUACAAUGCCAGGCUGUGUGCUGAACGCAGCGUCCGCCUGCCGUUCCUGGACUCUCAAACCGGCGUGGCCCAGAACAACUGCUACAUCUGGAUGGAACGCCACCAUCGCAGCCCCGGGGUGGCAGCAGGGCAGAUGUACACGUACCCCGCCCGCUGCUGGAGAAAGAAGAGACGGCUGCACAACACCACAGAUCCCCGCCUUGGCAUCUACGGUCUCCAGCUCGACGGCGGUCUCAUGUCCAAGGACACGCUGCCCACCCAGAGCACUACGCUGGAGGCUCUGCUGCGAGGAGAGGGUCUAGACAAGAGGAACUCCAAGAACGACGAGGAGAGCCUGCUGGAGAUCCAGAGGGUCCUGGAGGCAGAUGCAGCUGAAGACGCUUUCAACGAUGACGACGACUACGAGGUGGACACUCCCAAGAGAAGACACAGGGGCAAGGGAAGAGGUCGGGGUUCAGGCCGCAGGAGGACAGAUCUGGAUGACGACAAGCCAUAUGUCUGUGACAACAGAUACAAACAAAAGCAGAACUCAAAAUCUUCGACCUCAGUCUGUGCAAAGCGCUACAGGAACCGUACAGGACUAAGUUACCACUACACCCAUUCCCACCUGGCGGAGGAGGACAGAGCCGGGGAGAGAAGCUCGGUGGCAUCCCGAUCCCCCACUGCACCACAGACUGACAGACACAAACGUCCAAAGGGUCCAGGUGCGGCCACCAUUCCCAACAACUACUGUAAUAAAUGCCACGGCUCAAACAAGAAAACGGGUAAAUCUGGGUCUCCCUGUUCCGCCUGCCAGUGCACAAGUGAGUUUGCGUACGUCUGGGUUUAUUCAUUUCAGUUCAAACAGACUUGUCUGAUCACUGACACUCCCGCUCCCCCGUCCUGCUCCCCAGCUGACCGCGGAGAGGAGAAGGAAGACGGGACUUUUACUGGAGCCGAGGAGCUGUUCGGCACCACCUCGGAGAGCGACACUUCCACCUUUCAUGGCUUUGAGGACGACGAGCUGGAAGAACCGGCCACGAACAGCAACGGGAUAUCCAGACGUCACAGAUAGAGCGACCCUGUUAGAUUUUAAGAGACCGUUUUUUUAUAUAUGGAUUAACCUCUGGCAAAAAUCUGCUGCUUCUUUUUCAUUGUCUUUUUGUUUGCAGAAAGCACAAAGUGAUAAUUUCAGGACAGAAAUGCAAGUGGAAUUUUAUCUACUGAACAUUGUUGGAUAAUUUAUGAACACCUUUUUUUAUAUAUAAAUAUAUAUAUCUAUAUGACUGUCAGCAUUUUCUGACAAGUGACUCUGUGCAUAGCAGACGAUGUUUUUGGAGUGUUUUUUUUUUUCCCCUCGCUGGAGCAGAAGGAGCAUAAAGGUUAUGGACAAAAAAAAAAAAAAACACUGGAGACACUGAACAAGUGAAAUUUUUCAAGGCAUGAAUGAUAAGUUUGGUAGAUGAUUGAAUGUCGUGGCAGAGCUACUGGAUGUUUUUGAAAUCGGCAGUCGAUGUGACUAUGAAGGCUUCUUCUUCUGCUCUAACUCUGGAUUGAAAAUGUGUGAAAAUGAAGGAACCAAUGAAAAGACUACCACAGGCUACUGGAUUUGUUGGAAUGAAGACAGGAUAGUCGUUGCAAACUGAGUAAAUGAAAGGAGUGCUCAGCACAUUGGCCUAUGGCCCGGAGCUGAGAGGUGACCAGUGAAGAAGAGGAUUUAACCCUCGAAAAAAAAAAAAAAAAAAAACUAAUGAGCCUUCAUGUCCCUCCUGAUUUGGGCCCGGAAUAACUGACUAAAAUGGAUGAACAGAAAUCCAUCACUUCUACGGGCCGCGCGGCUUAAUUGAAGCGACCGCUCCCUCGACGGUGUGUAUCGACUCCUCGUGAACGUUUGAAACGCGAGGAUCCGGCUUCAUUUCAUCCCUCUCUGCACUGUGCUGGAGCUCCUCUCUGAACCAUGGGAACACUAAAGGCCAGGCCUUUGGACUGUUUGUGCCCAACGGGUGCACUCGGGGGCCCCCCCCCCCCUCCCCCGUGGCCCCGGCCUGCCCAACUCCUGCUCUGUGACUGUGUGUCUGCUGUGUGAUCCGAUGUGACACUAAGACGUCAUUAUCCUCAUCACUGUGCCAGCCUGCCGCUCUGCACUGGAAACCAGCUCUGACAGCCAUGCCCCUCCAACCUGAUUGGACCAGUGACCCUCUGACCCCGCAGCCAUAGAGAUGGUGCUUAAAUCCACCACUAUUACAUGCAGACCUCUGGACUACUGUAAUAAAACUCUGACAUGGACACAAAGGCUUUUCUGCUCCUGUCCCUCUGUCUGUUUUUUGCUCCUCAGCCUCUCUGAUCUCAAACGAAUCGCAGUGAUUUAACUUUUUCCUUUCUUUUCUUUUUUUCUUUUUUUUUUUGGCAUCUUUUCUCUGUUGUACAAUAUUUCUAUGUUUUGAACUCUUUAAAGUUUGAUUAGUAUGACUUCUUGGGUUCGUUCAGACUGUACUGAUACCUCUGUCCCUGAUCAGGUGCACAAUAGCCACAACUACUCAGGCAUCUUUCAUUUUUCCUCUGCUGUUGAUUGUUCAACCACUCAAGCCCUGAUUCAUGUGAUUGUAUUCAGUCGGCGAGGAGGGACAAUGACUCCCACACAAGGAUCCCAUUAUAAUCAACUCCCGGGAGGGACUUUGCGAUACUGCAGCCUCAUGCUAUAGGAAAACACUGCAAUAACAAGCUUGAGCUCUCUCUCUCUGCUGAGUCCACCUGCUCUCGUGCUUGCCGUGCGAAAACCUCUACAGUUUCUGUUUAAAAAAAAAAAGGAAAGAAAGAAAAAACAAAUCUUUCACAGAUUCUGACGACAGUGAGCUUCAUCUCAGAGACGGACGCGACUCCGCUCAGAUCUGCAUCCUUAAUGAAAACUGUAUGGUUACCUGUGACAUUUCCGUUGAGUGCUUUAGAGGGCCUAAUUGCUUUAUGACAUUUAGAAGGUGCUUGAAGUACUGCCUUUUUAGGUCCGUAGGUCGCACAUGCUGUGUAAGAGGUCUGUGUCCUUACAUGUGAUUAUUCAGUACCGCUGCGAUGUAAACAGCUGCUCCGUUUUUGACGCUAACCAUCGAUCCUACGUGUCUGUUAUAUGGCAUACUGUAAGUGCUCGUUCGAACCAUCUUUCCUCACUUCCCUCAGGGACCCUCCACACAGCAGUUUAUCUCCACUGGACAAAGAAUGCAUCUUGUCAAGUGUCUUCGUCGUCUUCUCUUGUUUAUCGGUUAGCGUGGUGUUAAAUGGGUCAUUGUGUCUUAUUUCUUCCAAAGUCAUGCCAGUAAGUGAAAGCAUGUGUCAUCAGUCAUAACCUGCUAAAUGUUACGUACCGUUUUUUUCUUUUUUUUUUCUUUCUUUUUUUUCUUACGAACAGGCCUAGUGCGGUGUAGUUCUGAACAAAAAAGGAGAAGCUCCUAAAUGCAAAAGUUAAGUGAUGUCCGCUUGAGAAAAAAAAGGUGUCACCAAUCAUUGAAAAAGCCUGUAUACCUCGUCAAAGACACAGCAAUAGGCCCUGGUACUCUCCUGUCAAGCCUGCCGGUGGGGUGGAGCGGGAGGAUCGGGGUGGGAACGGAGCCAAGAGGAGAUGAAAUGGACGUGUGUUGUUUUGUUUUUUGUUCUUUUUGUUUUUUUUUUGUUUUUCAUCUUCAGCUGUAAAUACAAGUCGAAAUGGAGAGAAUGAAGAAGUCUUUGUUUGUUAAACUAUUUUUAUUGUUCUGACAAAAAAAUAAAGAAAAAAAAAAGCC